AUGCCUCAGAACGAUUACAUCGAAGAACACAUUCGCAGACACGGUCGCAGACUCGAUCAUGAGGAGCGUCAGAGGAAGCGUGCCGCCCGUGAGGUGCACAAGGCUUCGGCUGUGGCGCAAAAGGUCACCGGUCUCAAGGCCAAAAUGCUCAACAAGAAGCGUCGCAACGAAAAGAUCCAGAUGAAGAAGACGCUCAAAGCACACGAAGAACGAGACGUCAAGCAAGCUUCCACUUCUUCCGACCCUAACCAGGCGCUGCCCACCUAUUUGCUCGAUCGAGAGGGUCAAAAGGACGCCAAGGCGCUCUCGUCGGCCGUCAAGGAGAGGAGAAAGGACAAGGCGGCCCGAUACUCGGUCCCCUUGCCCCAGGUGCGAGGUAUCGCCGAAGACGAGGCGUUCAAGGUCAUCAAAACAGGAAAGCGCAAGCAGAAGGGUUGGAAACGUAUGGUUACCAAACCCACCUUUGUCGGCGAGAGCUUUACGCGCAAACCUCCCAAGCUCGAGCGUUUCAUCCGUCCCAUGGGCUUGCGCUACAACAAGGCGCACGUUACACACCCCGAGCUCAAGGCUUCUUUCAACUUGCCCAUUGUCGGCGUCAAGAAGAACCCGCAGAGCCCGCUGUAUACCCAGCUCGGUGUCCUCACCAAGGGUACCAUCAUCGAAGUCAACGUCUCCGAGCUCGGCAUGACCACCACGACGGGCAAAGUCGUCUGGGGCAAGUACGCUCAGGUGACCAACAACCCGGAAAACGAUGGCUGCGUCAAUGCCGUACUCCUCCUCUCGUCCUGA